CUGUGUAUGUUUACAGGCCUGAUGUUGGGGAGCCUGCUCCUUGUCUCACUGUGUGUUGGCGCAGCAGCCAUGUUUGACAGCAAACAGCUAGAUGACCACUGGGACCUGUGGAAGACAACCUACGGGAAGACAUACCAGGAUGAGGUGGAGAAUACACACCGCAGGGGAUUGUGGGAGAAGAACCUGAUGCUCAUCACCAUGCACAACCUGGAGGCCUCCAUGGGGCUUCACUCCUAUGAACUGGGCAUGAACUUCAUGGGAGACAUGACACAAGAGGAGAUCCAUCAGUUCACUGGCAAGCUCACUCCUCCCACUGACCUCAAGAGGGCGCCACUUACUUUUCCAAAUGCCAAUGUAUCAGACACCUUUGACUGGAGAGAGCAUGGCUGUGUGACCUGUGUCAAGGAUCAGGGUUCUUGUGGUUCCUGCUGGGCCUUCGCUGCUGUCGGUGCCCUGGAGGGUCAGUUGGCCUUGAAAACAGGGAAGCUGGUAGACCUCAGCCCCCAAAACCUGGUGGACUGUUCAACUCAAUACGGCAACCACGGCUGCAAUGGUGGCUUCUAUACAGAAGCCUUCAAUUACAUCAAGUACAACGGUAUCGAGACUGAGGCUUCAUACCCAUACGAAGGAGAAGAAGGACAAUGCCACCACAACUCCAACAACAAUGUUGCAACAUGCUAUGAGUACAACUGCCUGCCUCCAGGGAACGAGGCUGUGAUGGAACUGGCAGUCUUCACCAUCGGACCCAUUGCAGUUGCGAUUGACGCAAAUCCAAAAGAAUUUAAUUUUUACAAGAGUGGAGUGUACGAUAACCCGAUGUGCACACAAGAGCUGAACCAUGCGGUCGUAGUUGUGGGCUACGGCACAGAGAACGGAAAAGACUACUGGCUGGUGAAGAACAGCUGGGGAACUAGUUAUGGAGAAGCGGGCUACAUCAAAAUGUCACGCAACAAGAACAACCAGUGUGGCAUCGCUCAGGUCCCCUGCUACCCCAUCAUGUAGCUGCAGAGGAAACCAAACUGAGU